CAACCAGCAAUCGUUCCAAACAUGAUUCCUUGUACAUAGGGCCCGGCGGCAUCUACUUGAAUACGUACAAGACAUCUCGGGUUCGCUUCUCACUUCUAUCAUCCCUCAUCAUCAUGUCAACAGCUCCUUUCCUCAUUUACGACUCGGCGUCAACCUUUGGCGUGCCAAUGACCUCGCCACCGCCAUCAUCGUCAUCUGCUUCUUCGUCGUCGUCUAGACCACCCGUCUCUUUUCGCCGAUCAGAUCCCGAGAUCCGACCACUGUCUCACUCUUUGCCACCUUUCACUUCACCUCACAAUCCUAGUCCUUCGACGUCUAGCUCAGGAGUCAUGGACGGCAGUACGUCGAUAUCUCCUUCGCGGGUGAUCAAGCCCUUUCCACACACCGCCGACUUGUUGGGUACAGUGAGCGAGACUAGUCGCCCGAUUACCCGCCGGUCUAGUCCAGCGUCAGACGAGCGUCCAACAAACCAUACAUCGGACGCGGCUCCAGAGAGACUCAGGCGUCGGAUAUCGCAGCAAGGUCUGGCUGCGCCGGUGACACGGAGCUCACCUGCCGAUGGAUUCGAGCACCUUGAUCAACUGGCACGCGGUACGGUGCAAAUUCUUGGCUUGUUAGACCCUCCCGGACGUCCCGCUCAGUCCCAUCGCCGCUCUUUCACGACCAUGUCGAGCAUGUCGACCGAGGGCGAGGACGUAGAACCAGUGUCCGCCCCUACGUUGAUCUCCCCUCGGCAGGUCUCGUCCAACAGGCGUAUCCCAUCGGCACCAGGAUCAGCGGUGUCAGUUCCGCCGCAGUCUGGGCUCGAGCGUCGACCCAACCUUUCGAGGCCUCAUGGUCUUCCUCACGCUUCGAUGGGUCCGUCUGAUGAUCCGGUUCCUCCCUCUACCGUCCCUCCACCUCGACGCAGUAGACAUUGGCAGGACGAUGUGGGAGUCUUAGAGUUCUCGCCCGAGCGCAGACAGCAAGAAUCCAACGUCUCAUCUCAACCUCCGGCCAUGACUAGAUCGACAAGCAUCGGAACCGCCUUCCGCCACCGAAUGCUCAGAGAAAGAAUGGCCAGAUUGGAUGCUCUCCGGACUCUGCCCGGAGAUGUCCCCGGUCAUCCCGGACCUUUGCCCUAUAAUCUUCUAUUCGGAGCACCCUCUCUGAUGAAUCCCGCCCCAUCCCCCGAUCCCACCUCGGAUACUGCGGAGUCUUCUGCGCAUGACAUCGGUCGAUGGAAUCAGAAUGUCCAAGAAGCGUUGGCUCGCCGGGUCGCCAAUCGUCCGAGGUCGCCAACGUCGGAUCGUCGCGAUGCAUCGAGUCCGUAUUCCCGACGGGCUUAUGAGCAACCAGGAGGUUCCUCUGACCCUCACUGGGGAGAAAUGCGAAAUGACUCGGCACAUUGGGGAGAGAUGCGAAACCUUCCGACGCUCCCUAUAGACACGUUCACCACCGGUCUACACGAUAUUUACCAUCCUCGAGGCCCCGCCAUUCCCUUUCCUGCCACGGCUGAAGAUGUUUACCGACGUCGAAUGCGACUCCCUCGGGCAUUCGAACGACCGGAGCAACGAAGCGAAGUGCAGACCCCGCCUGACGGUUGGGUACCGCUCAACCCUCAUUCAAAUUGGCGUGAUUUCUAUCAUGGGAUCCUGGGCUGGCAGGGGCCAGAUACUGAGGCUGUUGGUCUGAGCUCUAGCGCUUCUCGGAGUGCCGAGUUUGAUCACGCUUGGAACAUCGCCUCGCGGCCAGCAUUCGAUCUACUGAGCACACAUGGUCCCCGGUUGGGGUCUGCGUCGGGUACAACCACCGAUGCAACAGCUUUCUCAGACACUCGAGGAAGCAAUUCGUGGCUUACCGGUGCUCCGCUCCGACAUAUGGGAUCACAACGAUGGGCCUCUGAUUCCGAAGAUGACCGCGCGCACGCCAUUCACGCUCACGGUCUGAUGGGCUCUCUCUUCUCGCCUCUGAGUAUCCGCGGCGUGCAAUUCAAACCGGAGAUGACAGAUGACGAAAAGAUGCACUUGGCGAGGGCAGUUACGCGCGGCGUGGGCAGAUGGCCGAUGGAUAUCCGACGCAAGACUGCGGAAGACGUGGUGGAGAAGAUCCAGUAUGGGAACAUCGGAUCUCGUCCGGGAUUGGAGAAGGACGAGUAUUGUUCGAUCUGUCAUGAUGAGUACGAAAGUCAGACGCUCAUAGGCAUCACGCCCUGUCAUCACAUGUACCACCACAAGUGUCUAGACACCUGGCUACACACCCCUAAUACAUCUUCAUGUCCAAUGUGUCGACGAGAUUUGGCUGCUCUGAAUUUGCUUAGAAAGAUGAUUCCCAAGACGAUCAGCGACUCUAGAGAUGACGAGACCAUCAAGAAAGCGCAAAGCGAGGAGGGAUUGAGAAUCUGGAUGGCGUUGUAAGACGCGUUGUAUGCUUUAUUGUAUAAUCGUGUACGUAUGUGUCGCACUUACAUGUCAUGCUUGUAUCAAUCGAGAUUGUCAAUUGGGACCGCUUCGGUCACGCCGGUGAACGAGUCCCCCAGUCUGUGAUAUCU